UCUAAACUGAAAAUCCUAAAAUCAACACGACUCACUAUAUAUACAAAUACACACUUAUAAUCUCCUCACUGAACUGAGGCAUUGAACAAUUAUUAACAAUGGCUUCAGUUUUAUUUGUGUUGCUAAUUCUUCUCCAAAUUGCUAGUUUUUCUCAUGGCGGAACCACAAGUUCAUUUUAUCGAAAACUCGAAGCUUCCGUCGAUAUGCCAUACGACGGCUUCCCUCCGCCUCCCGGCGAUAAUGCACCGGAGCAGGUUCAUAUAACCCAAGGUGAUCAUGACGGUCGAAGUGUAAUUGUUUCAUGGAUCACACCAGCUCAACAAGAACCUCAUACGGUGACGUUUUGGCCAGAAGGAGGCAAACACAAGCAUGUUCAUACAGCUCGUGCAUCCACUAAAUUUUAUAGAUAUUAUGAUUAUACUUCUGGCUUUAUUCACCAUGCUACCCUUAAGCAUUUGGAGUACAAUACUAAGUAUAUCUAUGAGAUGGGAAGUCGAACAACUCGUCGGAGGUUUUCGUUUGUGACACCUCCGGAAGUUGGACCGGAUGCUCCGUAUACAUUUGGAGUUAUGGGUGAUUUGGGACAAACUUACGAUUCGAAUUCGACGUUGGAGCAUUACAUUUCGAAUAAAAAUGCGCAAACCAUGUUGUUCGUGGGGGAUUUAUCAUACGCAGAUCAUUACGCACACCAUGACAACAAUCGAUGGGAUUCGUGGGGUCGAUUCGUCGAGAAGAGCGCUGCGUAUCAGCCUUGGAUUUGGUGUGCUGGAAAUCAUGAACUUGAUUAUGUUCCUGAAAUUGGCGAAACGGUACCGUUUAAGCCAUAUAAGAAUAGGUAUCACGUGCCUUACAAGGCAUCUCAGAGUACAUCUCCACUUUGGUAUUCCAUCAAGAGGGCAUCUGCAUAUAUUAUAGUACUUUCUUCAUACUCAGCAUAUGGAAAAUACACUCCUCAAUACACAUGGCUCGAACAAGAACUCCCAAAGGUUAACCGGUCCGAGACUCCAUGGUUAAUCGUUCUCCUUCAUUCACCGUGGUACAAUAGCAAUUCGUAUCAUUACAUGGAGGGCGAAACGAUGAGAGUGAUGUUCGAGUCGUGGUUUGUUCAAAACAAAGUCGAUAUUGUGUUUGCCGGUCAUGUGCAUUCAUACGAACGUUGCGAGAGGGUAUCAAAUGUGGCAUAUAACAUAACGAAUGGAUUGAGCACUCCAAUUAAAGAUCCUUCAGCUCCGAUAUAUAUUACUAUUGGAGAUGGUGGUAAUAUUGAAGGCCGUGCUGAUAGUUUUACCGAUCCCCAGCCGGAUUACUCCGCAUACCGUGAGGCUAGUUUCGGGCAUGCGAUUCUUGAGAUAAAGAAUAGGACUCAUGCAUACUACAAUUGGCAUCGAAAUCAAGAUGAUAAUCCAGUUGCAGCGGAUUCGCUUUGGAUUUAUAAUCGAGUUUUUAAUCCAAUAGAAGAGGGAAGCUCUAUGAACUAGGGUUUAGAGAUUUAUCUUUAGUUGUUUUUAGGUUGAUUUUAUAAUAAACAUUUUCUAGGACUAGUCAGUUUGAUCAGUUUCCCUAGUAUUUAGAUAUUAUCUGUUCUUAGAGUACUUCAUUUUUUAAUGAAAAUCUUUUUGUCUCCAA